CCAUUGUUUGCAAUGUAUGGUUAAAUUAAAAUUUAUCAUUAUGUUUAUAUAUCUAACAAUUUUUACGUGGAUUCUAGUAUUUUUAUUAUUUUUCGACUUUAGAAAAUUGAGAACUAGAAUCAGAAUAUCCAAAUUUGUUCACCAACUUCCAGGUCCCAAAAGGUUACCGAUUUUGGGAGAUCUGUUUAUUUUAUUUUGGGACGAGGGUUAUUUAUUUAAGAAAUUACGACAAUGGGGAAAGCAACAUGCCCCUUUGUAUGUUUUGUCUGCUACAACAUUGUUUGUAUCUGCUAAUGUCACUGGAGCAGAAGAAUUUGAGAAAAUUGCAUCUACCACAAAAAACAUCAAAAAGAGCCCAGAGUAUUUUUUUCUAAACGGCUGGCUAGGAGAAGGCUUGCUAACAAGCACAGGUAAAAAAUGGCAUGUUCGUCGAAAAAUUUUGACUCCAGCAUUUCAUUUUACAAUUUUACAACAGUUCAUUUCAAUUUUCAACAACGAAACCAGGAGAUUAGUUGAUGUUUUGAAAAAAGAAACUGAUAAACCUUACACGAAUAUCGUACCAUUGAUAUCACAAUUCACACUGUAUUCUAUAACAGAGACGUCUAUGGGUACAGCUUUAAACAUGGAAAACAAAGAGGACAAAAAUUACGUAUCUGCUAUCUAUCAAAUUGGAAACAUAAUGCUGCACAGGAUAAUGAGACCCUGGUUAUAUUUAGACGCACUUUUUUAUAACUUUUUCCCUUCUGGUAGGAAACAAUUGAAAAUAUUGAAAACGUUGCACAAUUUUACCGAUAAUAUUGUUUCCAAAAGAGCAGAAAACUUUCAAAAAUUCGAUAUAGAACAAGAAAAUAAUUAUAAUUAUUCGAACAGGAAAAAGCUGGCGUUUCUGGAUUUGCUGUUGAACGCCAAAAUUACUUCAGGAAUCAUUGAUGACCAAGGAAUUAAAGACGAAGUUAAUACAUUUUUAUUUGAGGGACAUGAUACAACUGCAAUGUCUAUUUGUUUCACUCUAAUGUUACUUGCGAAUCAUCCAAAUUAUCAGGAAAUGUUAUUCCAAGAAAUCGUUUCUGUCCUCGGAGCAACCAAUGAAAGUCCAGACCUAAAAAAUUUAAACGAACUGAAAAUAAUGGACAGAUUCAUUAAGGAAAGUUUGAGGUUAUAUCCGAGCGUAUCGUUUAUAGCACGUACUUUAGACGAAGAUACUUUGGUCAGUGGUUACCUUUUACCAAGAAAAACUAUUGUGCAUAUUCACGUUUUCGACAUUCACAGAAAUCCCAAAUAUUGGUCGCUUCCGGAGAAGUUCGAUCCUGACCGAUUUUUGCCGCAGAAUUGUGUCAAUAGACAUCCGUUUUCUUAUGUUCCAUUUAGUGCGGGACCUAGAAAUUGUAUAGGUCAAAGAUUCGCCAUUUUGGAAAUAAAAUCAGUUUUGUCUGGAAUAUUACGAAAUUUUAUUUUAGAACCUAUAGAUACGCCAGAUAGUAUUGUACUAAUACCAGAUUUGGUUUUGAGGACAAAAAAUGCAAUGUUGAAAGUUAAAUUUAUCGAAAGACAGAAUAAAUGUGUUUAAUUUGUCUAUAAACGAUAAAUAAUCUAAGAAUUAGACAUGGGCAUCUUGGUAUUUUUAGUAUCACGUUAGAGUCACCUAAUUCUGAUAUGCUGAAAUACCGUGAAUAACAAAAUUGACAUUAGGAUCGAUUUUUUUAAAUGAAUAUCUUUUUAAUACGACUGUAAAUAAAAAUCUGCUAAAAUAUGG